AGGGAGGGUGUGUCUGUCCGAGAAACAGGCCGAGCACUUUUCCUUCUGUCCGCCACCGCCCGUCUCCUCCGUGCGCUUCAGUCACUCAGUGAAACAGUGGAGAGGAGCUGAGGAGGUGUCUAGGAAGUGUCUGCUCCUCUCUCAACUGAUUCCCCUGCGUGUGUCCUGCGAGAAGACCGAGAAGACCCGCUUCCGACCUGCAGACGCGUCAGUCUGGCACUGUGACUUUCAUCCAGCAUGGGGGACGUCAUUUCCAGUCACCUGGAUGAGGCCAAACGGGAGAUUAUCUCAGCUCGGACUGGGGCAGUUAUAGGGGACUUUGGGCGUCUGUACGAGCAGCAGUAUGGAGUGGCUCUCUUCAACAAAGUUCGUUUUGACAUAGAAGGAGGAGGUGGCCCCCAACCCCAGCUGUUGCAUCGCAAGAUUCCUCUGGAGAACAAGUCCAUCUUCUCUGGCUCACUCUUUCAGUACCUGGAGGAGAACAAGAAAUGGAGGAACCACUUCUUCUUCAUCCCGGAUUCCUAUAACAUCAACUUCUAUGACAACAAAGUGUCCCAUGACAAAGGCCUCACUCCCAAAGGAACCAUCAACUGUGCUGGCUACAAAGUGCUGACAUCCAUGGAGCAGUACCUCGACCUGAUCAGCAACAGCCUGCCUGAUGUGAAAGCCAAGGUGGGAAGUUCUCCAUUCCUAAAGUGUGCCAGUCAGUUCCCGCUGAUCCUCUGGCACCCUUAUGCCCGUCACUACUACUUCUGUGUGGGGACAGAGAAAGAACAACAGAAGUGGCAAGCUGUCUUACAGGACUGUGUCCGUCAUGCCAAUGAUGGUUUGUCAGAGGAGAAAAAAGUCCAAACACCAGCCUUUACUGAUGCAGUACGACACUACCGCCAAGCUCAAGGGCACUAUGGCACCUGGGAAAUGAUGUGUGGUGUACCAUCACAGAUCCUGUCUAACCUGGUGAUGGAGAAUCUCCUUCCUGAGCUGAGGGAGCUCAUCUCCCCCCGCCUGAAGGGCAAACUGCACGAGAGGCAGAGGAACUGGAUGCUGAUCAGUGAUGCAGUGUACAGCCUGGUGCAGGGCCAGUGUCAAACCCAGUAUGAUGCAGUGGUGCAGAAGUGUGAGGCAGCCCGUUCCUCUCUGGAGGCUUCCAUACGAAAAGACAUGGACCAGAUCAUCACAUCCAAGGAGCACGUCACCAACAAGAUCAAGGCUGUGGUUCUCCCCAAAUCUGAGAAGCUGUUGAAGGUGAGCAUCCAGCCCUACAUCAGCUCCAUCCUGGAUGCCCUGAUGGAGCCGACCAGCCGAGGCUUCUCAGAGGUCCGCGACGUCUUCUUCAGAGAACUGGUGGACAUGAGCAAGAACACCCUCAAUGAGGGCACCAAAGAGACCAUGGCACAGCACAUGGAGAAGAUAUCCAUGCUGGCCUUCCAUCCAGUGAAGAUGAACAGCUGCUAUGAAAAGGUGGAGCACCUGAGCCUGGAUGGUCUGCAGCAGAGGUUUGACGUGUCCAGCCCCUCAGUGUUCGUCCAGAGAGCCCAGAUCCUCAUGAGAGAGCAAAUGGACGAUGCUGUUUAUACGUUUGAACAGAUCCUUCACCAGAGCCUUGAGUCUCAGGGCACAGAGGAGCUCUGUAAGACCAUCCAGCGCUGCCAGGACCGAGUCAUCAAGAAGUUUGACUAUGACAGCAGCACGGUGAGGAAGCGUUUCUUCCGCGAGGCUCUCCUCCAGAUCUUCAUCCCCUACAUGCUGAAGCAGCUCGGCCCCUCCUGUGGCUCGGAGCUGCCGCGCUUCCAAGAGCUGAUCUUUGAGGAUUUUUCCCAAUUCAUCCUGGUGGAGAACAUCUUUGAGGAGGUGGUGCUGCUCUCGGUCAUGAAGGACAUCAUGAUGGCUGUGAAGGAGGCGGCGGUCCAGAGGAGACACAACCUUUACAGGGACAGCAUUGUCAUCAGCAACAGCGACCCCAGUCUGCACCUGCUGGGAGAGAACCCCUCCAUCGACUGGGCCAAGGAACACGGGGGAGGUCAGGGAGAGGCGGACGGAGCAGAGGAGGACGCUGAGGGCCACUGUGAGAGUGAAAGUGGGGAGCCCCAGAAGACGAGGAGGAUGAAGCAAAUUGUGUCCAUGAUCCAAGUGGAAGAGUCCUCAGGUAUGCACAACGAGUCGUGCAUUGAGGUGCCCGGCAACGAAGACAUCCAAGAGGGGGAUGAGGAGGAGGAGGUGGAGAAGGAGGAAGAUAGGGAUGAGAACUCGGACUGUAAAGCUUCUCCUGACCAGAUUAAAUCUGCAAGUCAGAAAGCUUCAGAAAACCCUCUGACCUUGUCUAAUGGAUCUACUCUGACGGAGGAGGAAGCCAAACCAGAGGAGCAGGUUAAACAAAUCCCUUGCAUGGUUGAAUCUGCUACAGAAAGUGUUUUGGCCUCAGAGGAGAAGGAGGUGGGAGAGGACAGUCAGCCGAAGCUGGAUGAACUACCACCCUCCAACCAGGAGGUGUCCGAGGAGAUAUUGCCCCCGGCACCUUCUCUCAAUGAAGUCCCAUCAGGGGCUACAGAAACAACCCCACCAGAGGUGGCCGCUGACUUUCCCCCACCUCUGCAUGAUGACAGCGGUUUCCAGUCUCCCAGUACUGAUGGGGCAGCGGCAGAAGAGGCAGCGGCCUUGCUGCCAGCAGGGGAGCAUGCCGGGGAGCAGCCAGAGGGGCAGCCAGAGGGGCAGCCAGAGGGGCAGCCAGAGGGGCAGCCAGAGGGGCAGCCAGAGGGGCAGCCAGAGGGGCAGGCUGAGGGGCAGGCUGACUUUCCCCCACCUCUGCAUGAUGACAGUGGUUUCCAGUCUCCCACUACUGAUGGGGCGGCGGCAGAAGAGGCACUGGCCUCGCCGCCAGCAGCAGAGCAUGCCGGGAAGCAGCCAGAUGGGCAAGCAGGGGAGCAGGCACGUAAGCAGACAGAGGAGCAGGCAGAUGGGCAGGCAGGUGAGCAGACAAUGGAGCAUGCAGAAGGGCAGGCAGAGGAGCAGGAAGAGGGGCAAGCAGGGGCGCAUGCAGAGGGCCAGUUAGAAGGCCAGUUAGAAGGCCAGUUAGAAGGCCAGUUAGAAGGCCAGUUAGAAGGCCAGGCAGAGGGCCAGGCAGAGGGCCAGGCAGAGGGCCAGGCAGAGGGCCAGGCAGAGGGCCAGGCAGAGGGCCAGGCAGAGGGCCAGGCAGAGGGCCAGGCAGAGGAGCAGGCAGAGGAGCAGGCAGAGGAGCAGGCAGAGGAGCAGGCAGGGGAGCAGGCAGGGGAGCAGGCAGAUGGGCUAGCAGGGGAGCAGGCAGGUGAGCAGACAGAGGAGCAUGCAGAAGGGCAGGCAGAGGAGCAUGCAGAAGGGCAGGCAGAGGAGCAGGAAGAGGCGCAGGCAGGGGCGCAGGCAGGGGCGCAGGCAGGGGCGCAGGCAGAGGAGACGAGUACCGCUGCCCCACCAGAAGCCAAAACCAAUGACUCUGAGAACAAAGAGCAGUGACGACAUGUUGUCCACUUGUCUGACCUGAACUGAAUCCUGCCCUGUCAUUGUCGCUGUCUUUGACAAACCUUAAAACACACUUCAUGCUGUUUGUACUUCACUCAGCAGAUUGUUUUCACCGAGCAGGGCUCAGGUGCUGUCGUCAUCUACUUUUUUUAAUGUUUUUUUGAGAUCUCUAUCCUCAUAAAUUCCACACUUUUCUUUUCACCUAUAUGUACAAAUGUGAGCGACCUUCAGUCAUUAAUGGUUCUAAACACAACAAGUGAAGAACAUCUGAACACAGGCGCUGUUAAAGAAACCUGUGUAAUCUGAUGCGGCUUGUGAGUUGUUUCACCUCUGAGUGGCCUUCAGUAACAUUAGGAGUAUUGUAUGCCAUGUGUUGGUGCGAGUACAGACUGUACCAUUGGCAAGUCACUAUGGUGAUGGGCAUCUCAAACCAAGUGACGUAAAAACAGCCACAAUUCUUAUUUGCGCAAUAAAUCUCAUUUAUCAACAGAAAAUCAUUUCCAGAAUGAGGAAACUUCUCAGAGGUGGUUUUCAUUAACUGUCCUCAUGUGCAUGUGUUGGGAGUAACACUAUCUUACAUGAGUUUGUGCUUUAAGAAAGCUUAUGUGUAUGUCUAUGUAUAUAUAUGCGUCUAUGACCAAUCUGUCUUUUUACAAAUUUUAUAUAAUUUCAUCAGUGCCUAUACUGACAACUCAGUCCCUGUUUUAUUUAUUAUUCUGCACCCCUUCUCUUUUGUGACCAAUUUCAUUUUAGAUAAAUUUUACUCUUGUUUUCAAAUGAAUGUUAUUGAUAAUAAAUCAUUAUCGAUUAAAUAUUA